AUGUUCUCCUGGAUUUUUAUUUUCUUGCUCUUUCAAAUUCCCAAAUUUGUCUCUACUGCUUUAAAAUUUAAUAUUAGUAGAUGUUAUUCCAUAAUCGCUGAAGAGUUUCACCAUGAAGGAGAUGUUGUGAUUGGUGCCUUUUUCCCACUUCAUACUUUCUACACUGAGAAGAAAAUGCCUCAUUCAACUAUACCAUACCAAUAUUUGGACAAUUACCUACAGUAUAACUUUAAGAACUAUCAAUAUAUUCUGGCUUUGCUUUUCGCCAUUGAGGAGAUCAAUGGGAAUCCCAAACUUUUACCCAACAUAUCUCUUGGAUUUGAUUUCUACAAUGUCAGAUUCACUGAGAAGGACACACUUAUGAAUGCUGGUAUUUGGCUCACAGCUCAUGUGCAGAGAAAGGUUUUACCUAAUUACAAUUGUAAAAAGAGAAAUUUCACUGCUGCAAUUACAGGAACAUCAUGGAUAACUUCUGCCCAAAUUGGGACAUUGCUUCAACUCUUUAAAUUUCCACAGAUUACGUUUGGACCUUAUGAUCCUUUCUUGAGUGACCGUGGUCAGUAUUCUUCUCUCUACCAGAUGGCCCCCAAGGAUACAUCUCUUUCACUUGCCAUUGUUUCUUUGAUGGUUCAUUUUAGGUGGUCUUGGGUUGGUCUAAUUCUCCCAGAUGACCACAAAGGAAAUAAAAUUCUAUCAGAUUUUAGAAAGGAUAUGGAGAGAAAUGGAAUCUGCACUGCUUUUAUAAAAAUGAUCCCAGCCACAUGGACUUCAUCUUUUGUCAAAUUCUGGGAAGAUAUGGAUAACACUAAUAUAAUAAUUAUUUAUGGUGACAUUGAUUCUCUAGAAGGUCUAAUGCGAAAUAUUGGGCAAAGGUUAUUGACAUGGCAUGUCUGGGUCAUGACCAUUGAACCCCAUAUUAUUGAAUAUGAUAAUUAUUUCAUGUUAGACUCAUUCCAUGGAAGUUUAAUUUUUAAGCACAAUUACAGAGAGAAUUUUGAGUUUACCAAAUUUAUUCAAACAGUUAAUCCUAAUAAAUACCCAGAAGACAUUUAUCUCCCUAAGAUGUGGUAUUUGUUCUUCAUGUGCUCAUUUUCUGAUAUUAAUUGUCAAGUUUUGGACAACUGUCAAACAAAUGUUUCUUUGGAUAUAUUACCUAGUCAGAUAUUUGAUGUGGUCAUGAGUGAAGAGAGCACAAGUAUUUACAAUGGUGUGUAUGCUUUGGCUCAUAGCCUCCAUGAGAUGAGACUUCAGCAACUUCAAACACAACCAUAUGAAAAUCAAGAAGGGUUGGUGUUCUUUCCAUGGCAGCUUAAUACUUUCCUGAAGGACAUUGAGAUGAGAGACAAUAGGACUUUAUAUUGGAAACAGACAAAAGAUGCUGAAUAUGACAUUCUUAACUUUUGGAAUUUACCAAAGGGUCUUGGACUAAAAGUGAAAAUAGGAUCCUUUUCUGCAAAUGUUCCCCAGGGUAAACAGUUGUCUUUAUCUGAACAGAUGAUUCAAUGGCCAGAAAUAUUUUCAGAGAUCCCUCAGUCUGUGUGCAGUAAGACUUGUGGACCUGGAUUCAGGAAAGUAACCUUGGAGCAUAAGGCCAUCUGCUGCUACAGUUGCACACCCUGUGCAGACAAUGAGAUUUCUAAUGAGACAGAUGUUGACCAGUGUGUGAAGUGUCCAGAGAGUCAUUAUGCAAAUACAGAGAAGAGCAACUGCUACCAAAAGUCUGUGAGCUUUCUGGCCUAUGAAGACCCCUUGGGGAUGGCUCUAGCCAGCAUAGCUUUGGGCUUAUCUGCACUCACUGCCUUUGUUAUUGGCAUCUUUGUGAAGCACAGAGACACUCCUAUUGUUAAGGCAAAUAAUCGAGCUCUGAGUUACACUUUGCUCAUCACACUCAAAUUCUGUUUCCUAUGUUGUUUGAACUUCAUUGGUCAGCCCAACACAGCUGCCUGCAUACUUCAGCAGACCACCUUUGCAGUUGCUUUCACUGUGGCUAUUGCCACUGUGUUGGCCAAAGCUAUAACUGUGGUCCUUGCCUUUAGGGUCAGUUUUCCAGGGAGAAUAGUAAGGUGGCUAAUGAUAUCAAGGGGUCCUAACUAUAUCAUUCCUAUCUGCACCCUGAUCCAACUUCUUCUUUGUGGAAUAUGGAUGGCAAUAUCUCCACCAUACAUUGACCAAGAUGCUCAUACUGAACAUGGACACAUCAUCAUUUUGUGCAACAAGGGCUCAGCUGUUGCAUUCCACUCUGUCCUGGGAUACCUCUGUUUUUUGGCCCUUGGGAGUUAUACCAUGGCCUUCCUGUCAAGAAAUUUGCCUGAUACAUUCAAUGAAUCCAAAUUUCUCUCAUUAAGUAUGCUGGUGUUUUUCUGUGUUUGGGUCACCUUUCUUCCUGUCUACCACAGCACUAAAGGGAAGGUCAUGGUGGCUAUGGAAGUAUUCUCUAUCUUGGCUUCCAGCACAGCACUCCUUGCCUUCAUAUUUGGUCCCAAGUGUUACAUUAUCUUGUUGAGACCAGAGAAGAAUUCAUUUAAUCACAUCAGGAAAGAAAACACACAUUCUAAAAGGAAGAUUUGUUCCUAAAAUAUAGUUGA